AUGAUUUGUAACAACACGGAACUGCUUGUGUGUGAGUUGAAGCGAAUCAAUCUAUUGCAGAAGCAGUAUCCCAAAGUCCCUGAACUCUGGGAUCAUAGAAGGUUUGUAUUAAAGUGUUUAAUCCUGACACCAGAAUUAUUGCAGUCCGAGGUGGAGCACUGCUACACGAUGUGCGAUCUGUACCCUCGGAACUAUUAUUCGUGGACCACCUUGCAGCUGCUGCUUCCUUUAUACAGUAAUGAAAACAUCCGCAGUGAGAUUCAGAGAAAUCGAGAGUUCUUUUCAACACAUAUUAAGGACUAUUCAGCGCUGUCCAGAAGACAAGUAGAGUAUUCCAUUCCAGAUGAACCACAGACGCUACUGAAGGAACUAAAAAAGACCGGAGAGUACAAGAGUCAAAUCCAGGAAGAUAUCGCAAUUGUGAAACGGCAGUCCGAUUUGUACAUUUCGUAUUGA